GCACAACCACGUCCUGAGUGGAAGGCUUCACGGAACACUUGAUUUUUUGUCCCCCCUCCUUGUCUCUUGGAUUCUGUGGAAAUACAUGUUUUGCCGCGCAAGCUCCUUCUAGGGAAACCCCGGCGUGGUGGUAUCCCUUCGCGAUGCAAAGAUGGCGACCCUGCUCCCUCCCUCAGGCACCGAUGCGUUCCGCCCGUUCACCCAGGAGUCACUGGCGGAGAUCGAGAGGCUCGCGGAGGAAAGAAAAAAGGCCGCAGAAGUAGAGGGCCACGAGGAUGAAGGCCUGGCGGCCCCCAACUCUGAUCUGGAGGCGGGCAAGAGUCUGCCCCUGAUCUACGGAGACCCUCCAUCAGAGCUGAUGAACACACCUCUGGAGGACCUGGACCCCUUCUACAAAGCACAGAAAACAUUCAUCGUGAUCAGCAAAGGAAACACAAUCUUCAGCAUGUUCAUCAUGAUUACGAUUCUGUCCAACUGUGUAUUCAUGACGAUGAGCAACCCACCAGCAUGGAGUAAAACCGUCGAGUAUGUCUUCACUGGUAUUUACACCUUUGAGGCAACAGUCAAAGUGUUGUCUCGAGGUUUCUGUGUUGGAUCUUUUACAUUCCUUCGAGAUCCGUGGAAUUGGCUGGAUUUCAUGGUGAUCAGCAUGGCUUACGUCACUGAGUUUGUUGACCUCGGCAACGUGUCCGCUCUCAGGACGUUUCGUGUGCUUCGAGCCCUCAAAACAAUUACUGUGAUUCCUGGACUGAAAACAAUCGUGGGCGCUUUGAUCCAGUCAGUGAAGAAAAUGGUGGACGUCAUGAUUCUGACCGUCUUUGCCCUUGCGGUUUUUGCCCUCAUCGGCCUUCAGCUUUUCAUGGGAAACCUGCGGCAAAAAUGCGUGCGGUGGCCCAUCCAAACAGAUGAAUUUGAAUUUUUUAACACCACCUCUGCGUUUAAUGACACUGUGUCCUUCAACGACACCAUGGGCUUCAAUGAUACAGCAUACUCCAACAGCACCUUCAAUUUUAUUGAAUAUAUUGAAAACACAGAUAAUCACUAUUAUUUGGAAGGCAGCCCAGAUGCUCUGCUUUGUGGAAACAGCUCUGAUGCCGGAAAGUGCCCAGAAGGAUACACAUGCAUGAAGGCUGGGAGGAACCCUAACUUUGGCUACACCAGCUUUGACUCUUUCGGCUGGGCCUUCCUUGCCCUCUUUAGACUCAUGACCCAGGACUACUGGGAGAACCUUUUCCAGCUGAUCCUGCGGGCGGCUGGCAAGACGUACAUGCUGUUCUUUGUGGUGAUUAUCUUUCUGGGCUCCUUCUACCUCAUUAACCUUAUCCUGGCUGUGGUAGCCAUGGCUUACGAUGAGCAGAAUCAGGCGACUCAGCGAGAGGCCAUCGAGAAAGAGGAGGAGUUCCAGCGGCUGCUAGAGCAACUCAAGAAUCAAGAACAGGCUCAUGCUCUUGGUAGUCGGGCCACUCUAACCAGUAAGAAGUCGCUCAGUCAUCACACUGCAUCUGAGCUGGCAGACGAUGAAAGGGGCCUUGGACACGAUGAAAUUGUUAAGGACUGCAAUGGGAGACUUGUCCCACGUCUGAUGAUCAGAGCGCCCACCAUGGACGAGUCUGCUGCAGCUUAUGAAGUCAGGGAGAAGUCGCUGGGCUCUGUGCACAGCAUGCUUCAUCUGGACGAACCAGGCCUGACACAGAGAUCUGCCAGUGUUAUGACUGUGCUCACUGCAGCUGCUAUGGAAGAGUUGGAGGGGGCCCAGAGGCCAUGCCCACCUGCCUGGUACAAGUUUGCCGAUAUGUUCCUGAAGUGGGACUGCUGCGUGCACUGGGUGGUCUUUAAGAAGUGGGUGUACUUUGUGGUGAUGGACCCUUUCGUCGACCUGGCGAUUACCAUCUGCAUCGUGCUCAACACCCUCUUCAUGGCCAUGGAGCAUUACCCCAUGACCCCGGAGUUUGACUACAUGCUCUCAGUGGGGAAUCUGGUUUUCACUGGGAUCUUCACAGCAGAAAUGUUCUUCAAGCUCAUUGCCAUGGAUCCCUACUACUACUUUCAAGUCGGCUGGAACAUUUUCGACAGCAUCAUCGUCACUCUCAGCCUGGUGGAGUUGGGGCUGGCAAACGUCCAGGGUCUGUCAGUCCUUAGAUCCUUCCGUCUGCUUCGUGUUUUCAAACUGGCCAAGUCCUGGCCCACGCUCAACAUGCUGAUCAAGAUCAUUGGUAACUCAGUAGGAGCUUUAGGAAACCUGACUUUGGUGCUGGCCAUCAUCGUCUUCAUUUUUGCCGUCGUGGGCAUGCAGCUGUUUGGCAAGAGCUACAAGGACUGCGUGUGCAAGAUCGCUUCAGACUGCGAACUGCCUCGCUGGCACAUGAACGACUUCUUCCACUCGUUCCUCAUCGUCUUCCGCAUCCUGUGCGGCGAGUGGAUCGAGACCAUGUGGGACUGCAUGGAGGUGGCCGGAGCCGGGAUGUGCUUAGUCGUCUUCAUGAUGGUCAUGGUCAUCGGAAAUCUAGUGGUGUUGAACCUCUUCCUGGCCUUGCUGCUCAGCUCGUUCAGUGGAGACAACCUCUCAGCAGGAGACGACGACGGAGAGAUGAACAAUCUCCAGAUUGCCAUUGGCAGGAUCACACGAGGCAUCGACUGGUUAAAAGCGUUCAUCGUCCGAACCGUCCUCCAGAUUCUUCGCAGGAAGCCCAAAGAGCCUGACGCAGGCACCGGGGACGACAACGACGACGACGACGACGACUCUAAAAUGGAAGGAAUUGAAAUGAACCAUAUGGACACCAGUCAGAGUUUCAAACUGGCAGAAAGGAUAUCAAACUGUGUGGUUGAAGGCCGGCCUUCUGGAUUUAUUGUAGACGGAGAGCUAAGCUUCAAUGUGCCAAUCGCCCAGGGAGAGUCGGAUUUUGAAAACCUGGGCGAGGAAGAUGAGGACGAUGAAGAUGAUGCUCAUGGCUCAGAGAUUUUCGAUGAGAAAAAUAAUCAAGAGAACACAGUGAUUGGUGCUUUGGAUGAUGGCGAUUCUUCAGUGUGCAGCACAGUGGACUAUCAACCACCGGAGCCUGAACCAGAAGUCGUAGAAGAAGAAGAGCCAGAUCCAGUGGAACCAGAGGCCUUCUUCACUGACGAUUGUGUGAGGCGCUGGCCGUGUCUCACUGUGGACGUCAGUGAAGGCAGAGGGAAACAAUGGUGGAACCUCCGUAAAACUUGCUACAACAUUGUGGAGCACGACUGGUUUGAAACUUUCAUAAUCUUCAUGAUCCUCCUCAGCAGUGGAGCUCUGGCCUUUGAAGAUAUAUACAUAGAAAGACGCCGCACCAUCAAAAUUAUUCUGGAGUUUGCUGACAAGGUUUUCACCUACAUCUUUGUCAUUGAGAUGCUCCUUAAAUGGGUCGCGUAUGGCUUCAAGACCUACUUCACCAACGCUUGGUGUUGGUUAGACUUUUUCAUUGUCGAUGUUUCCCUGAUUAGUUUAGUUGCCAAUUGGAUGGGCUACUCUGACCUUGGACCAAUCAAAUCCCUCAGAACCCUGAGAGCGCUCAGGCCUCUUCGAGCACUGUCAAGAUUUGAAGGGAUGAGGGUGGUGGUGAACGCUCUUGUUGGAGCGAUUCCCUCCAUCUUCAAUGUGCUGCUGGUGUGUCUGAUUUUCUGGCUCAUCUUCAGCAUCAUGGGAGUUAACUUGUUCGCCGGGAAGUUCUACCGCUGCAUCAACACCACCACAGAGGAGCUGUUCCUCCUCACCGAGGUCAACAACCACAGCGACUGCAUGGCUGUCAAAGAGGCCACGCAGGAGGCCCGCUGGGUCAACGUCAAAGUCAACUAUGACAAUGUUGGAUCAGGCUACCUGUCGUUGCUUCAAGUGGCAACUUUUAAAGGAUGGAUGGACAUCAUGUAUGCUGCUGUUGACUCAAGAGAGGUUGAGGAGCAACCGUCUUAUGAGAUUAACCUCUACAUGUACAUGUACUUUGUCAUCUUCAUUAUCUUUGGCUCUUUCUUCACACUCAAUCUCUUCAUUGGUGUCAUUAUUGACAAUUUCAACCAACAAAAGAAAAAGAUGAACAAAGACAUCUUUAUGACUGAGGAACAAAAAAAAUACUAUGAUGCCAUGAAGAAACUGGGAUCCAAGAAGCCACAGAAGCCAAUUCCACGUCCAGCGAACCUAAUCCAGGGAGUGGUGUUUGACUUCAUCAGUCAGCAGUUCUUUGACAUCUUCAUCAUGGUGCUCAUCUGCCUCAAUAUGGUGACCAUGAUGGUGGAAACAGAUAACCAGAGUGCAGAGAAGGAGGAUUUCCUCUUUAAAGUAAACGUGGCUUUCAUUGUUGUCUUCACUGGAGAGUGUGUGUUGAAGCUCUUUGCCCUGCGACAGUACUUCUUCACCAAUGGAUGGAACGUGUUUGACUUUAUCGUGGUCAUCUUGUCAAUAGCUGGUACAAUGCUGUCAGACCUGAUUGAGAAGUACUUUGUGUCACCAACUCUUUUCAGAGUGAUCAGACUGGCCAGAAUAGGCAGGAUUCUUCGUCUUAUAAAAGGAGCUAAGGGCAUUCGGACGCUUCUCUUCGCUCUGAUGAUGUCCCUUCCUGCUCUAUUCAAUAUUGGUCUCCUGCUCUUCCUUAUUAUGUUCAUCUUCUCCAUUUUUGGCAUGUCAAACUUUGCCUAUGUCAAAAAGGAGUCUGGAAUCGAUGACAUAUUUAACUUUGAGACGUUCGGUGGUAGCAUUAUUUGUCUGUUUCAGAUUACAACGUCAGCAGGCUGGGAUGGGCUUUUGCUUCCGAUGCUGAACAGAGAGCCUCCAGACUGUGAUCCGGACUUCGAGAAUCCGGGCACAGAUGUAAAAGGAAACUGUGGUAAUCCAGGCAUGAGCAUGAUGUUCUUCUGCAGCUACAUCAUCAUCUCAUUCUUAGUGGUGGUGAACAUGUACAUAGCCAUCAUCUUGGAGAACUUCAACGUGGCUCAGGAGGAGAGUGGUGAUGCACUCUGUGAGGACGACUUUGACAUGUUCAAUGAGACCUGGGAAAAGUUUGACGUAGAUGGAACUCAGUUCAUUGAGUACAGUCGGCUCUCAGAUUUUUGCGAUGCCCUGCAGGAGCCGCUCAGGGUUGCCAAACCCAACCGGCUUCGCCUGAUUGAAAUGGAUCUGCCCCUGGUUAUUGGGGACAGGAUCCACUGCCUGGAUGUUCUGUUGGCUGUCACACAGAUGGUCUUGGGAGACACAGUGGAGAUGGCAGCAAUGCGGGAGAGCAUUGAAGCUAAGUUCAUCCUGAGCAACCCCACCUCAGCCUCGUUUGCACCGAUUACGACGACGGUGCGUCACAAAGAAGAGCAGUCGGCUGCCGUAGUCAUUCAGAGGGCUUACCGCAACCACCUCCUGAAGCGAUGCGUACGCCACGCCGCCUUUAUGCACCGCUCUAAGAGGAUGGGUAGAAAAGAUGAAGGUGAAGAUCCACCAGAAAAAGAAGGACUGCUUGCACGAAAGAUGGGAGUGCUCUAUGGGAGUAACGUAGACCUUGCAGAGGAAAUGGAACGAGCUGCUUUAGAAACUCUAGCGAACCAGCAGCCUCUUAAUCCUGAGACACUGUCCAAUGACAGUGGAGCCCAGUGUGGUCCAGACACCACUGAGCCAAACAUCAUCGUUGUACCCGUAGAAAUUACGAAUGAAGUUUUACUACAUUCUGCCCCCGACCGACACCUCUUUAACCUACAUGCGAACCUGAGAGAGACGAUUGUAUAACCAAUUGCACAAGAUAAUUAAUGAUGUCGCCCCCCUCCCCUCCCCACCCGUUGUUUUUCCACCAGUGAAGGAAGCAGUGUUCAUUAAUGCAAAGGUGUCACUAAUGUAUCUGACUUUUCCACUUCAGAUGAAGAGGUUACACAGUUCUAAGGGAUUUAUUUCAUAACUAAGCAUCACAACAACCUUUUCCUGUUCUGUCAUGCAAUAUUUGUGUCUUUUUGGGUUGAAGAUGGAACUGGACUGCAUGAUUUUCUUUGAUAAUUACCACAUGGUCAUCAGCAAAAUUGAAGAUUUUAUUUUCAAAUUAAGGAGACAAUUAGAUAUGAUGUUUAAGAACACCCAGACUUUCUAAGAAUUGCAAGACUUUUUUCUUUACCUUUACUGUUAGCUCAUAAAACAGCUAGAGUUUAUCACUGUAGGAUGAAACAUCACUGUGGACCAGUGUCUGUGAUAUGGUAGACUUUGUGAAAAACUCCAAGAAAGAGCAAGAUUUCUUAACAUAUUUCAAUAAUGUUUCUAUGACUAGUCAUCGUUCAAAUGACAAGGAUCUGAAUGCUACUGGCUUUCAAUGCACGCUAUAGUCGAUGCCUUUCUGUAGGCCGACUAUAAUUUUGCUUUUGAUAUGGUUGUUACCAGGCAUAUGGCUAUUUCCAUGCACCCAGUUUCUAACCAAAGAGUACCUUGAACAUUACAUGACAAUUAUCCGUCACAGGACUGCAGGAUUUUAUGCUGUUUGUGUCACACACCGUAUGUACAGGCUUGCAGAGCAAACAAACUCCUCAAAUUUCACGAGCUGAAAAGAAUCUAGAGUACGAGUUGAAACCUUACAUUAAAAAAGAAAAGGAACAUCCACAUAUCUGGUCUAUUAGCUUCCGCUGAUUAUUCUACAACAUGAGUGGAGCACUACUAUUCAGCUCCACAGAGCAACAUUUAAAAAAGUAAUUAGCCAUGUUAAAAUAGUAUUGUUUUAUAUUCAAAUUGGUAUAAUUGGGAGUCAUUUAUUUUAAUCAUGAAAAACUAUUCAGACUGAGUUCCUAUUCCUGCUAACUUAAAGUCACUUUUGUGUGGAAUCUCCUUGCUGUGAAGACUCUUCUUGUAAUUAGACACGAAACAAUUUUCUACGGUGAAUUAGUUUUGUACAUAUGUAAAUUAGUAACUAGAAAAAAAGGGUGUCUGGAUCUGACUUAUUCCAGUCUACCAGUGAAACACUGAUCUCUGUUAUUCAUUAUUAGUCAACAAUAAUAUGGGCCAGCUAAUGCAAUAAACAUCUGUCCCUGACUGGCUCGCUCAGAGAGGCCCAGUUUAUAUUGCACUAUUUAUAUCCCUUCCAGGUCAGAUUAGAACAGUUGACUGUGUAAGACUGAAAGACCUUCCCAUUUUCUAAGUUGAUUUAAUCACAGAUAUGUGCAUGUCUUAUAAAUGUUUUGUCUAGUUUUCUUUUUUUUUUUUGUCCCCUCACAUAUCAGAUGAUAACAAAACUCAAAGCAGUCACUAUUUUCCACUUUGAUGGAUUUCCAUUCAAACAUUCAGGUUUCAAAACUAUCUGUGACUGUAAACUUAAGAUGUGAUGUUUACAUUAACAUGACUGCAUAACAGAACUGAUAAGCUCCCUGUAACCAUCUUCUGUAUGUUUGUCUACUAAACAACAAUAAUCAAAGAAGUCAUAUAGGUACUCUGGUACUUUCUGUACAUUUUAAAUGAAGUUUUGCCUCAGGUUGGAUCAGAUUUUGACAAAUGUUAAAUUAACCUGACAUUUUGAAACAACACAAACAGCUGAGUGUUAAACAUAUGACUCCAAAGUGAAGAUAAUCAAAGCUUUUUACGUAUUUACAACAAAACACUUCUUUCAUAUUAAUUACAACCUUCAUGUGCAGUGGAUCUGUUCAUCUCAAAUCUGUCCUUGUGUCGGAAGGUUGCUUCACCUGCUGUUGUGUAAGUCUUAACUGAAUUUAAAACGUCUUACUAUGAAUAUAUGGCACUGUGUAAAAGUUUUAGGCACUAAAGUGAAGAGGUUUUGGGGGAAAAAAAACUAAUACAUAGUUUGUAAUUAAUCAGCUUCCUUCAUACAAAGUGCAGAAAACAGAAAGAGCUUAAAUUUAAACAGCAUACGAUGUCACCACCCUUUCCUUUUCUUUUCCUAUAGGUAGGUCAAGUAUUCAAGGUACCUGGCGCAGGUACAUGUUUCCAAGCAUCUUUGAAAACUUGCCACAGUUCUUCUGUGGGUUUAGGUUGUCUAUCAGACAAUCAGACACCCCCGUGAUGGAUAGAAUCCGAACAUUUAAAGUGCCUAAACACUGUGCACAGUACUGUAUAUACAUGAAUAACCUAAGCACUUUGACAGUUUUCUAGUUUGUUUGUUUUUUACAAUAGAAAAUAGGGCGUCUCUUCUUUUGUUUAAGCACUGUUUUAACAUCAUCCUUGGAGGGGUCUCUUCUGCCACAGCUUCUCAGUUACUCCUGUCAGAAGUCUGCAGUGUGACCUGCAGCACUCCUGCUUGAGACUGAGACAGGCUGCACCGCUUCACUACAGUCUCCUUUGAUGGUACAGUCAUAUACACAAGACAGUGUCCUCCUUUUGUUUACAUUUCUACUGGAGGAAAAGCCACAUGGGGAGUUUUACUGGUACACCCACAAUCACUAUUGCCUGUAUAUACAUUUUUUCUUUUCUUUUUCUUUUUUUUCUUGUGUAUUGUACAUUUAUAAAAAUUUUGUUAUUGUAAAAAUUGUAACUAUAUUGUUAGAAUAAAACACCUCUUGUAGUGAAAAGCAGGCUGAGCAUUUACGUUGUCGGUACGCUGGUACACUGUGGCCCUCUGGUGGCUGAAAGGUUGACAGGCCACGUUGUUGUCUAUCAAACUCCCAAUUCUGGUACACGUUUUGCUUUUAAACUGGUGAAGUCAGAAAAACAUCCCAUCAUUUUGUUAGUAGGGGAUCAGUUGCUGCCAUAGAUUAACCUGGAUGGAACCUCUCACGCAUUACUGAAAGUGUCCAUGUCCUUUUUUUAGUGUGCAUAAAUGUCAACUGACUAAAAAAAAAAAA